AUGCACCGCCUCCACCAACGCUGCGCUGUAGCUCCUCCCAGACCGACGCGUAGGCGGCUGCGGGCGGGGCGGUGGAGAGCUCUCACCAGAGGGCAGCAGUCCAGGCGGAGAGCACAAGCUACCUCGGAACGCGGCCGUAGAGGUCCUGGCCUGCCCAGCUGGGCGCGGGGAGCCACGUCGCACUGCCCCAGCGUCGGCUCGGGCGGGACGGGCGCUCAGCGGCUCUGCGCUCUCGGCUUUGUGAGUACGCUGCUGUCACAUUGGUGGCGGGAGCCUGGGGCUGGGGCCUUAUCGGGGGCGGCGGUAGUGGCGGCGUGGCCACUGCUCAGGUCUGAGAGCACGAGGCCAGUGCCCCGGGCCCUGGCAAAAGGAGGGAUGCGACUUUUGAGAAAUAUGUGGACAACUCUGGUGGUCUCAGACCAUCCCAAGACUAGAUUCAAUGCAUUGGACACUAAUACUCAAAGGCCAGUUGAGAGUGAAGCCAAAAUAAAAACCAAAGUUCGCUUUGAAGAGUUGCUUAAGACCCACAAUGAUCUAAUACGUGAAAGAAAAAAGCUGAAGAAAAAGAUUGUCAAGUCGGGAGAAAGCAUCUCAGCUAAAUUUUUCUCUUCUGUUAACAGCAGCAGCAUACCUAAUACUAGGAAUGCUGGAGUGGCGCUGUGGACUGACCCCUUUAGAAGCAAAGUUCAGAAUACUAAGGAAACGGAAAGUGAUGGCGUAAGUGUUACUAAUGUCACUAAUAGCCCUGAGAAGAGCAUGCGAGUCACCAAAAGCAAACUGAGGCAGUCACAGUCAAUGGAAAAUCUAAGUGAUGAUGCUAGCAUGGAGGAGGACAAACAAGGGAAGUCAAAUAGAAAAGUUACAAAAGCAGUGCGCCAGGAGACCCCACACGACAUGGAACCGGAGACUUCAGAGAGGAAGACGGAUUCUACACAGCAAAAAGCACGAACAAAGUCAAAGUUGGGUGUUGCUCAUCAGAAAAGUGAGACGACCGAUGAAGUGAAAGUGAAAAAUGAUUUAGAUGAGGAAGAAGAACUGUUACAAGUUUACCAGCUCCAAGUAGCUGAAGAAAUGGCAAAGGAAAUUAAGAAGAAAAUAAGAAGGAAGCUGAAAGAACAACUGACUUACUUUCCCUCAGAUACUUCAUUGCAUGAUGACAAACUGAGCACUGAAAAAAGGAAAAAGAAAAAAAAGAAAGUUCCUACCCUGUCUACAGCUGAAACAAGUACACUGACCAUCUCUGAACUUGAACGUGACAAAGUUGAAAGUGAACUAAAGAAGGACUCUCCAGAUGCAGCCAUGAUUUUAGAUUCUCAUCAAGGUCAAGAAAUAAACUCAGUUGAGCAAAAUGUAGAAGACCGCAUAGAAGAUGACAAAAAAUCCAAACCCAAAAAAACAAAAAAGAAGACUAAAGCAGUUUCAGAUGAUCAUGAAGACACUGAUGGUGAUGGUGUUCAUGAAAUAACAAGUCGAGACAGUCCAGUUUAUCCCAAAUGUUUGCUUGAUGAUAACCUUGUCCUGGGAGUUUAUAUUCACCGAACUGAUCGACUUAAAUCGGAUUUUAUGAUUUCUCACCCGAUGGUUAAAAUUCACGUGGUUGAUGCAAAUACUGGUCAAUAUGUCAAGAAAGAUGAUAGUGAACGACCUGUUUCAUCUUAUUAUGAGAAAGACAGUGUGGAUUACAUUCUUCCUAUUAUGACACAGCCAUAUGAUUUUAAACAGUUAAAAUCAAGACUUCCAGAAUGGGAAGAGCAAAUUAUAUUUAAUGAAAAUUUUCCCUAUUUGCUUCGUGAUUUUGAUGAGAGCCCUAAAGUUAUCCUGUUCUUCGAGAUUCUUGAUUUCUUAAGCAUGGAUGAAAUUAGGAAUAAUUCUGAGGUUCAAAAUCGAGAGUGUGGAUUUCGGAAAAUUGCCUGGGCGUUUCUCAAGCUUUUAGGAGCCAAUGGAAAUGUAAACAUCAAUUCAAAACUUCGCUUACAGCUGUAUCACCCACCUGCCAAGCCUCGCUCACAAACAAACGUUGUUGAGAUUUUUGAUUGGUGGUCAAAAUGUCCAAGAAAUCGUUAUCCAUCAACGUUAUACGUAACUAUAAGAGGAUUGAAAGUCCCAGAUUGUAUAAAGCCAUCUUACCGGUCUAUGAUGGCUCUUCAGGAGGAAAAGGGUAAACCAGUAUAUAGUGAGCGUCACUGUGAAUCAAGUCCAGUAGACUCAGAACCUGGAUUAGAAGAUUCAAAGGAAGUAGUCCGAUGGAAACGACUUCCUGGGCAGGCAUGCCGUAUCCCAAACAAACACCUCUUUUCACUGAAUGCAGGAGAACGGGGAUGCUUUUGUGUAGCUUUCUCCCAGAAUGGAAGAAUAUUAGCCGCAGCGUGUGCCAGCAGGGAUGGAUAUCCAAUUAUCUUGUAUGAAAUCCCUUCGGGACGAUUCAUGAGGGAAUUGUGUGGCCAUCUCAAUGUCAUUUAUGACCUUUGCUGGUCCAACGAUGACCGCUAUGUCCUUACUGCAUCGUCGGAUGGCACUGCCAGGAUAUGGAAAAAUGAAAUAAACAAUACCAGUACUUUCAGAGUUUUACCUCAUCCUUCCUUUGUUUACACGGCUAAAUUCCACCCAGUUGUAAAAGAACUGGUGGUUACAGGAUGCUACGAUUCUGUGAUACGAAUAUGGAAAGUUGAUACGAGAGAGAAUCCUGCUAUAUUGAUCCGACAGUUUGAUACUCACAAGAGUUUCAUCAACUCUAUCUGUUUUGAUACUGAAGGUCAUCACAUGUACUCUGGAGACUGCAUGGGGGUGAUUGUUGUUUGGAACACCUACGUCAAAGUGAAUGACCUGCAGCAUUCAGUGCGCCACUGGAGCGUAAAUAAGGAAAUUAAAGAAAGUGAGUUUAAAGGAAUUCCAAUAAGUUACUUGGAAGUUCAUCCCAAUGGAAAACGUUUGUUAAUCCAUACUAAAGAUAGUACUUUAAGAAUUAUGGAUCUCCGAAUAUUAGCAGCAAGAAAAUUUGUAGGGGCUGCAAAUUAUCGGGAGAAGAUUCAUAGUACACUGACGCCGUGUGGGACUUUUCUUUUUGCUGGAAGUGAGGAUGGUAUCGUGUAUGUUUGGAACACAGAGACGGGAGAACAAGUAGCAAUGUAUUCUGACCUUCCAUUCAAGUCACCCAUUCGAGACAUCUCCUAUCACCCACUUGAACAUAUGGUUGCGUUUUGUGCAUUUGGGCAGAAUGAGCCAAUUCUUCUUUAUAUUUAUGAUUUUCAUGUUGCCCAGCAGGAGGCAGAACUGUUCAAACAGUACAACGGAACGUCCCCAUUUCCUGGAAUACACCAAAGUCAGGCUGCUCUGUGCACUUGUCCCAAGCUGCCGCACCAAGGCUCUUUCCAGAUUGAUGAAUUCGUCCACACUGAAAACUCGUCACUGAAGAUGCAGCAAGUGAAACAGAGGCUUGAUUCCGUCACAGAGGUGAUACGAGCCUGUGCCGCAAAGGUCAACAAAAAUCUCUCGUUUACUUCAACAUCAGCCUCCUUACAACAGCCCAAGUUCACACAGGCCAAAACACUGCCUACUCAGGAGGUUCUGCGUCAGUUCGGUUUCCCUCAGACUGGGAUUAUCAGCCUAGAAAGACGGCCUUGUCACCAUCACGUAGAUACGGCACCAACAGUGGUGGCUCUUUAUGACUACACAGCGAAUCGAUCAGAUGAACUAACCAUCCAUCGCGGAGACAUUAUCCGAGUGUUUUUCAAAGAUAAUGAAGACUGGUGGUAUGGCAGCGUAGGGAAGGGACAGGAAGGUUAUUUUCCAGCUAAUCACGUGGCUAGUGAAACACUAUAUCAGGAACUGCCUCCAGAGAUAAAAGAACGAUCUCCUCCUUUAAGCCCCAAGGAGAAAACAAAAAUAGAAAAACCUUCUUCAGCUUCUCUAAAGGUAAAUGUUUUCAUGAAUAAGAAUUACAUAUGA